AUGCUAGAUAACUACUCCGUUGCAGUCCAGAACUUCGACAUCGGGAUAGAUGACGUUCGCCUUGUCAACAAAGAUAUUCACCCAAGAUUUUGUGAUUCGCUUAACCUACUGCAUCUGUUUGAAGAUGGGUUCUUAUCCCAAGUAAACCAUGUCCGCCUUGAACCAUUACUACCACCAAUGCGCCACCCUUCCUUUUGUGAACAUCACCGGAAAUACUCCCUCAAUAUCGAUUACUUGGUUCAUGACUUUGCAUCGAUAUGUCAUAGUAUGAAACGGACAUCAAGGACAAUUUUUUUGGACCUUGGUGCGUCACUCCAGUAUCACAAUUCACGUAAACGAAGAGCAAAUCCUACCCUCUUGCUCGUCGAUGUGUACAAUCGUUUUGGCAUCAAGUUCGAUCACUACUACGCAUUUGAACGAACCGAGCUCUCAAGCAAUGAGGUAUUCAAAAGCAUCCCUGCCCAUCUACUUCCCUCGUACCAUUGGUUUAACGUGGGCGUCAAAUCAGAUCCGUUAAGCCAGUACAAUCCCUUAAAUUCGAUUUUAAAGGCAAUGAAAGAGGAUGAUUUCAUUGUUAUUAAGAUUGACAUUGAUACCCCAGCAAUCGAGCUUCCACUAGCACAUCAGCUUUUGAAGGAACCUUUUUCAAAGCUUGUCGAUCAGUUCUAUUUCGAGCACCACGUGCGCAUGAAAGGCCUUUUGUACUACUGGAGAAAUACUGCAAUGGGUACCCUUGAGGAUUCAUUGGAUCUAUUCACAAGCUUGCGGCAAAGCGGUAUUGCUGCACAUUCUUGGUAUUUUAUCACAUAG